AAGCACCAUCAUAUCUGCUUGUAAUUCUGGAUCACUAGUAUGCAAGGCCAGAUUCAAGGGAUUCUGCAUGCGCUUUGCCCCUGAAUUUGAAACCAGUUUAGAUGACUGGAAGCCCGAUUUCAAGGAUGCUACUAUCAAUUUGUGCACUGUGUCAGAAGGAACUUAUGAGGUUUGCAGCCGUACUGUUGCUGGUCACUCUGAUAAAGCUGAAAAUGCUAAAUGGCUGCUGAAUGUGCAGUGGCAGAUGGAAGGUGUGGACUUACACUUAGAUGUCAAUAUUGGGAAGCACCUUAGUGCUCUUGCGCGAACCUUGACAAUGCUGACAGGUGCACCUGACACAGCCAUAACCCAAACAAAUUACAAUUCAGAUGAUGAUGAUGAUCGAGCCGACCAUUCUACUUCACAGCAAGACUCUGGUAUGGGACGCCGUCAGACAAGCUUCAAUGAGAGUCUUCCAGCAUUUAUAUUUGAUCCUAACCUGGAUGCACGUCAGAGAGCCAAAUUACUUGAAAUUGAGAUGAAUGAACAAGCAAAAACAGUUAAUGAUCUGAAAAUGCUGGGUGCAUCUGCAUCGACCAUAGAACAGGAAAUGCGGCGACUUCAGGAGCUAGAGGCAUUAGUUUUCCAUGACUUUAGACGAGAUGUAAUGAAAAAAUUGAGACGGCAAAGUGUCAAAGCAACCUCUAUGAAAGAUCGUCUUGGUUUGGGCCCUAAGACUCAAUUGAGAUCAAAGAGCUUCAAGGUUCCUUCACCCACAAUUGAAGUUAAAGAACCUCCAGUGUAAGUAUAGAUUAUUUUA